AUGGAGGACUGCCUUCACACCUCCUCCGAAAACCUCUCCAAGCUGGUGAGCUGGGCCCACAGCCACGGGACCAUCUGCAGCCUUAUCCCCAACCUCAAGCACCUGCUCUCUGAGGGGGCCCACGUUUUGGAACUCAUGCACACUGGAGUUGAUGAUACUGGGAGCAGUGGAGGCCCAGGAACAAACAGGUUUACGUUUGCAGUAGUCAAAGAACUAAUGUACAUCCCCACCUGUGUUUUCAGUAGUUUCCGGCAGUACCACAGAAAAUUAAAAGAAAAAAAAAACCAAGAUGAGAGAGCAGCAGAGCUCAGCAGGGAGCAGAACGAGAAGACCAUUCGCAGCACGCAGACGGCUCUCCGCAAUUUCCGAGAGUUCCUCAUCUCCAAGUACCCCUCUGAGACCAGGGAGAUCUAUGUCAUCCCCUGCAAAGAGCUUGAUGCCUACCUUGCUUCCUUCUUUGUGGACGCCAGACAAAAGGAUGGGUCUGAAUAUGAGCCAAACAGUCUGGCCAACUAUCAGUGUGGGCUGGAGCGUUAUCUCAAAGAGCACAGGUAUGGGUACAGUAUUACGAGGGAUAAGGAGUUCAAGAGGUCCCAGGAAGCUCUAAAGCAAAAGCAGAUGGAGCUGAGGUGUAAAGGAAAAGGAAACAAACCACACAAAUCCAUGAAGCUCACCUUUGCUGAUGAGCUUAUCCUGCGCAAGAGAGGCUUGUUGAGCAGGUACAAUCCUGAAGGGCUGCUGAACCUUGUCUGGCUGAACAACACUAAGGCAUUUGGACACUGCACAGGUUUCCAUGGGUCCACCCUCAAGUGGGGAGACAUCCGGCUACGGGUGACAGAGACUGGCUUGGAGUACCUGGAGUGGAUGGGGCCAGACAACGGGGACGUCAACGCCAAGAGCAAGAGGGGUGGGACGGACUCCCGGGUGUACGCGACCCAGCACUCCCCACAGACCUGCCCCGUGCAGGACUACAAGGAGUACGCCCAGAGGAGGCCGCCGGCCAUGCGCUAUGAGGACGCGCCUUUUUACCUCUCCAUCAAACCCGUCGUCAAUCUGGCCGCGCUUCACUGGUACAAUUGCCAAGCCCUGGGGAAAAACAAGCUUGCCAAGAUGGUAAAGACAAUGUGCGAGAAAGGCAACAUCCCAGGCAGGAAGACCAACUUCAGUGUCUACCAGAGCUGCAGCACCCUCUCAGAAGCGCAGAGCAACCAGCUGGUGCUGAUCUGCAAUAACUUGAGCCAGCAGGCUGCCCAGUCCAUGGCGAGCCACUCCAAUACUGGCAACUUCAUAGUGUCAGCGUCCUAUGACUCUUCCUCUGACACGGCUUGAAAGCUGGAUAUCGCCUGAACACUGUUUUCUUUUCCUUUUUGUUUCAAGCAUUGAAUUUGUGCCCAAUAAUACGCAUCAACUGUGAUUGUACACUGUCCCCCCAUAGCCCUCUCUCCAGUGUUAAUUCACUUUAUAAAAAUAUAUAAAUAUAUAAUAUAUUUUUCUUUUUACAGAUAAGUCAAUACAAAUAGUUUAGUAUUACUAACAUGGUAUUUAUAGUGUUGAUACAUAAAUGAAAGGUACUUAUGGGUUAUAAUAUAAAUGCAGAUUUUAAAAGGACAGAAAUGGUUCUCAGGCAACAGAAGAUAGACUGGAAAUACCAUUUUUAACAUGCCCACACCAGUGAGUGUAAACCCCUAGGGAGGCUUACGUAGCAGUUCCAUUUUAAAGCAUUUUUUCAACUUCUUAUUUUAACGUGACCUCCCAGAGUGGAGGAGACAAACUUAUCACUGGCUGCUGCUUCUUACCUGCUGGCUUAUUUUUGAUCAGCAAGAGGAAGA